AUGAAGUACUCUUUUGCUCUUGCGUUCUUGACCACGGUCGGCGCACAAUCUAUUAUUGACACACUGAGUUUUGGACAUGACUCAAGGUUUUCUCCAAGUGGAGAAAGUCUUCCGGGUUGGAGAAUCAAGGGCGAAGGCCACGAGCCGCAAAUACUGUCGGACAAACUUAUUCUAACACCCCCGUAUCCCGGACACACAAGAGGUUCCAUAUGGGCUGAAAAUAGUCUCUCUCUAUUAGAGUGGACCUCUGAGUUCCAGUUCAGAGCUAGUGGUGAGGAAAGAGGAAGCGGCAACCUCCAAUUAUGGUAUGUCAAAGACGGCGAGAGGAGUGUUGGUGCUUCAAGCAUCUACACAGUGGGCCAAUUCGAUGGAUUUGUCUUGACAGUCGACACCCACGGAGGCAGGGGUGGAAGCAUUCGUGGAUUUUUGAAUGAUGGCACAAUUGCCUACAACCAGCAUAGCAAUGUCGACAGCUUGGCCUUUGGCCACUGUGACUAUGCGUACCGCAACCUUGGACGUCCGUCCGUCAUAAAGAUCGAACAGUCCAGCUCGCUCUUUCAAGUCACAGUCGAUGAUAAGGUGUGCUUUCAAACCCCAAAAGUCAUCCUCCCGGCCGGCAAUCAGUUUGGUGUGACUGCUGCCACACCCGAUAAUCCAGACUCUUUUGAGCUUUUCAAAUUUGUCGUGACAUCGGGUGCUAAGGCUACUGCUCAAUUCACGGAACAAACCAUGCAGCAGCAGCAACAGAUACCGAUUGAGUCUCGCUCGACAAGCAACAAUAUCAACCUUGGUUCACUGGACGAUAUGAACGGACGUAUUCAACAAAUCAGUCAAGAAGUCUCUCAAAUCUCCCAGAGCAUAAAUCAACGUCACCAAGAGCUUCUCAACAGGAUAUCAACUGGUUCCGUUGUUUCGUCGUCAGAUUCUUCAUCGCAGAAUGAGGCUCGCUUGAACGCCAUGGAUGAACGUCUUCGCCGCAUCGAGACCAUGUUAUCGGAUCUACAACGCGACAGUGUAGGAAAAGACUACCGUAACGAGUUUACUCGACUCCACAAGGCCAUUGAAAAUUCCCACCAUAGCCUGACUGAAGCUUUGCAAACAUCAAUCUUCAAUAUGAUCACCGCCACCACACCACGCAUGGGUCUCUUCAUCUGCGUCGUGAUUGCCUUUCAACUCCUUCUCGCAGGUGCAUAUGUAUACUACAAGCGUCGACGCAAUGGCAUGCCAAAGAAGUUCCUGUAA